ACAACUAGAAGGACCCACAACGAAGAAUAUACAACUAUGUACCGGGGGGGGCUUUGGGGAGAAAAAGGAAAAAAUAAAAAAAAUAAAAAAUUAGCCAGCCAGCCACAGGUCAGGCUGCUCUCAAAGUCCUCGGUCCUGUUCGUUAAUUUUUGUAUCACAUUCAUUCAUUGAACAACCUGGGGAACUGCUCAAAGGGCCGGGAGUUAAUAUUCCUCCGCUGUUUGUUGCUGAUGUUUUAGAAGACCUAUAGUUUUUUAAGUAGGACUAUCUUUCAGUUACUCAUUUCAUCAUACGAUACCUGUGUCUCCCAUUCCAGGGCUGAUCAGUUUGAAUUGCUUUGAGAAGAAACUUUUGAAAUAAAAUGUCAGAAUGUAACUUCCACGAAACAACUCCAUAACACCGGUGCAAAAUUGUUUUUGCUUUCAUUCUGUAAGAAAUCUCUAAAAUUUAAUGACAUUUCCUACAGGUUUGGAGGAGGCUGAAAUAUGGGCAGUCUCUCCCCUGAAAACCAGGUGCUGCUUCACCCCCAUUUCUCAUCAGCCCUGUUCUUUUUUCACAAAAGUUUCCUUGCGAUGUGUCGUCAACAUCAAUGAUCGUGAGAUAAGCAGAAACUGUGAAGUGCAAACGGGCCUGGAAUCCACCAGAGCUUCACACGUUUUCUUCUUUGCUUGAGACUCAAGGACCAAACAGUCAGACAUGUCUUUUCACCUCUGGAAACCGUUAAACAGUCUCCUCACUGCGACAUACAAGUCAAAGGCACAGUCAUCGGGGACAGAGUGCGAAAGGCAGCCAGCAAAGGGGGCAACUCCUGCCUCCGUAUCCUGGACCCGAAGAGCUUAGGCGGGAACGAGCGAGGAAAGCGGAGACUACAAUUCCCAGCAGGCGUAGCGGGAGCGGAGACACGCACACGCAGCCGAGACCCUAGGAAUGAGGUCCCGCUGCGGGGCUUCUGGGAGAGGAAAAUGGCCGCACCGGGGCUGCGACCUGGCCUGGGCAGGCUUUUUGAGAUGCCGGCGGCGCUGGGGCGCGUGCGCCGAGCUUACGGCACAUCCCAGGCUUUCGCGGAGGUUCUGCGGCUGCCAAAGAAGCAAUUGACGAAACUCGUGUUCCCGCUACAGGAACUCGAGCGGCACCUUGUCCCCGACUCGAAGCAUGAGUUUCACCUGAAGAUCUUCGACCCGAGCCUGGAGGACAUCGCGAGAGCGGAGAGCAUCUUCACCGCCACCGCUCAGAACCGCAUCGAGUACCUGAGUUCCGCCGAGCGCCUGGACCACGCCCCGGCCCUCCCCCGGCCGGAGGUGUGUUUUAUAGGCAGAAGCAAUGUUGGAAAAUCCUCUCUAAUAAAGGCUUUAUUUUCACUGGCCCCAGAUGUUGAAGUCAGAGUCUCCAAAAAACCGGGGCACACAAAGAAAAUGAAUUUUUUCAAAGUUGGAAAAUAUUUUACAUUGGUGGACAUGCCAGGUUAUGGCUAUAGAGCGCCUGAAGAUUUUGUUGACAUGGUAGAGACCUAUCUAAAAGAACGAAAGAAUUUGAUGAGAACAUUUUUGUUAGUGGAUAGUGUUGUCGGAAUUCAAAAAACAGACAAUAUUGCUGUAGAAAUGUGUGAAGAAUUUGCAUUACCUUACGUGAUGGUAUUAACAAAAAUUGACAAAUCUUCCAAGGGACAUCUUUUAAAACAAGUGCUUCAGAUCCAGAAAUUUGUUGACACUAAAACACAAGGAUGUUUUCCUCAGUUGUUUCCUGUGAGAUUCUUGCUGGAUCUUCCCUGUAGGUAUCUUCAUUCUCUUUCUACCUCAGCCUAAACCACAGCAGAAGUGAAAACUUUUUACCUUUUAAAAUCAGCUAAAGAACAGCCACAAUAAAGACACUACCUUCCCUUUCUCAAUUCUGAAGAAAAACAAUGAGUCUUUAUAGUAGAAAGAGCAUUCAGGCUGUGAAGGAUAAAAGUUUUCCUUUAAAAGGACCAUAUAUAAAAAAAAAAACGCUUCGUACAAGUUAGAAUUAAGCAUUGGGAGCAGACGGAGUGGUUAUUUCCUGAGCUGGCAAUUUCUGAGACAUCAGAUGUAGUUUAGCGAUGAAGCUUGAGUUUGUACUUUCAGUGUGUACCUUGGGUACAACAAGUACCCUGUACGUAGCAGAGCCACUCCCCUGUGGUUUUCGUACUUUAACUUCUUUGUGGAAGGCACCCAAUAACAGAUGUAUGUGAAAUGAAACUGUCCUCUGCUUAGAGGAUCCAGAUCACGUUUAAAUUGUGUGUAUUUAUCAACAAGCCUGUCAGAAUCCCUCUUCAUUCAUUCCUACAAAAUGCUUUUCCACCCUUGGCUUACAUUCAAGCAUGUGUCCCAUUCAUUUCCGUGUGUCCCACAUAGACGAUGGAAACUCCCAGGGGCAGAAAUGACAUGCUAAUUCUUCUUAGAGCCCUGAGCAUUAUCAUAAAAAAUAGCUGUUUCUUUUAACUGUUUAAGAAGAAGGAAGUGAUAGUUUAGCUGAAAAGGUAACACAAACAUAAGAUGGGCAAAUCAUGGCUUAACAGCAACAUUUAUUGAAGAACAAAAUUAAGUUGCCUGUAAGCUGAGUUGGAAUUAACUGCAUAAUGGGGCUGGGGAAAACUGUCAGUGCUUUCUUGAACUACGUUAAUAGAAGUAUAGUGUUCAAAACAAGGGCGUGCUCGAGCAGUAGGCCACACUGCUCUAAGCUAUGUGCCACUAGCCUAAUCAGGAUAGAUUGUGGCUCGACAUUAAGAACAGCUAGAGCUAUAUGAAAACAGAUGGUCUUGGGGGAGGUUAUGUCAUUAGAUCAUUCAGAACACUUAAUCGCUCCUCACAGUGCACACCCCCAUUUCACAGAUACGGUUACAGAUUGGAGAGGCGAUGUGAGUUGCAGAGAGGUAUUUGCCGAAAUAGAAAGAGCAUGCGCCUUAGGGUCAAACAGCCGUGGUUUUGCAUGGUUCCUCUACUUCUUGGCUAUAGAUUUUAAAGCAGCUUAUUUCGUUUUUGAACAAACUCAUUUUCCUUUGAAUCUGUUUUCUCACUAGUAAAAAUGUGAUUGUUAGAAGGAUUAAAUAAAAUGUAUUGUGAGUAAUAGA